AUGCAGAAAGGUGUAUUGUCACAAAACAUGGCAGCUAUACCUUUCGUUUCUCUUCUUUUCGUGUUUAACUUCUACUACGAGUUUGCUUUCGGAAGUGCACUUUCAUCUGUCACCAAAAGUUCCGAGAUGAGAAAUUUACAAACUUACAUUGUCCAUGUAAAGCAACCAGAGGGUAGAGUUUUUUCCCAGUUAGAAGAUCAGGAGAGCUGGUACCAUUCUUUUAUGCCAAAUAUUACCGUCGCAAGUAAUUCGGAUGAGCAGCCACGCAUGCUGUAUUCAUACCAGAAUGUUAUCCGGGGUUUUGCAGCGAGACUGACCCAGGAGGAAGUGAGAGCUAUGGAGGAGAAGGACGGUUUUGUGUCAGCGCGUCCUGAGAGGAUGUUACGUCUACAAACAACACAUACACCAAGCUUCUUAGGGUUGCACCAGCAAACGGGAUUCUGGAAAGAAUCAAACUUUGGAAAGGGGGUGAUUAUUGGGGUAUUGGACGGUGGAAUUUUGCCUUCUCAUCCUUCGUUUAGUGAUGCAGGAAUGCAGCCACCUCCAGCCAAAUGGAAAGGGAGGUGUGAGUUCAACGUUACAGACUGUAACAACAAACUCAUUGGUGCAAGGACAUUCAAUGUUGCAGCCAAAGCCAUGAAAGGAAAAGAUGAGCCACCAAUCGAUGUAGACGGGCACGGUACCCACACUGCAAGCACUGCUGCUGGCGGUUUUGUAAAGAAUGCCGUUGUGCUAGGAAAUGCCAAGGGCACAGCGGUUGGAAUGGCCCCUUAUGCCCACUUGGCAAUUUACAAAGUGUGCUUUGGAGAUAUAUUGGAUGAUUGUCCCGAGAGCGAUAUACUGGCUGGGCUUGAUGCAGCUGUUGGAGAUGGCGGCUCCCUGGGCUCAGACUCUGUUCCAUUUUUCGAGGACAGUGUUGCAAUCGGCUCAUUUGCAGCGAUCCAAAAAGGAAUAUUUGUAAGCUGUGCAGCCGGGAAUUCUGGCCCUUUCAACAGCACGUUAUCUAAUGAAGCCCCUUGGAUACUCACAGUCGGAGCAACCAACAUUGACAGAAGCAUUGCGUCGACAGCAAAGCUUGGAAAUAGAGAAGAACUCGAUGGUGAAUCCCUCUUCCAGCCUGGUGACUUCCCCUCAACACCAUUGCCUCUUGUUUAUGCUGGCGUUAAUGGUAAACCAGAGUCUGCACUAUGUGGUGAGGGAUCCUUGAAAGAUAUCAAUGUCAAAGGCAAAGUAGUUUUAUGCGAGCGAGGAGGGGGGAUAGGAAGAAUCGCUAAGGGAGAGGAAGUUAAAAAUGCAGGGGGUGCCGCCAUGAUUCUCAUGAAUGAAGAAACUGAUGGCUUUAGUACCUCGGCUGAUGCUCAUGUUCUUCCCGCAACACAUGUCAGCUUUGCUGCUGGACUAAAGAUCAAAGCCUACAUAAACUCUACAGAAACUCCAACAGCAUCUAUCUUAUUCAAAGGAACUCUCAUUGGAAGCUCAGUAUCCCCAUUCGUUGCUUCUUUCUCUUCAAGAGGACCCAACCUAGCAAGCCCAGGCAUUCUGAAACCAGACAUUAUCGGACCAGGUGUGAGCAUUCUAGCAGCCUGGCCCUUCUCUCUUGACGAUGAUACAAACUCAAAACUCAAUUUCAACAUCAUGUCUGGCACAUCAAUGGCAUGCCCUCAUCUUAGCGGCAUUGCAGCUUUGCUCAAGAGCUCACAUCCUCAUUGGUCACCAGCUGCUAUUAAAUCUGCUAUAAUGACUUCUGCUGAUACACAAAAUCUUGAAGGCAAACCAAUUUUUGAUCAAACACUUCAGCCUGCAGAUGUCUUUGCCAUAGGUGCAGGCCAUGUCAAUCCAUCAAGAGCAAAUGAACCAGGAUUAAUCUAUGAUAUUCAACCAGACGAUUAUAUACCAUAUCUAUGUGGUCUGGGAUACAAAGACCAGGAGGUUGGAAUCCUUGUGCACAGACCAAUAAAGUGCUCAGACGUAUCAAGUAUCCCUGAAGGAGAGCUAAACUACCCUUCAUUUUCUGUUACACUGGGAUCGUCUCAGACAUUUACCAGGACCGUGACAAAUGUUGGUGAGGCAAUAUCAUCUUAUGCAGUCACUGUGGUUGCACCAGAAGGAGUUCAUGUGAGUGUCAAGCCCAAUAAGCUCUACUUCUCACGGGUGAACCAGAAAGUGAAAUAUUCAGUAACAUUCAGCCUCACAGUGCCAGGUACCAAAAUGGGUGAAUAUGGGCAAGGUUUUAUAAAAUGGGAUUCUGCCAAACACUGCGUUAGAAGUCCAAUUUCUGUUAGGUUUGAGUAGUGC